CUUGUAUUUGUUCCCAUCAAUUUCCAGCAACUAUUAGAUGGGUUUAACUUUUACUGUCUUUAUCUUCUGGGCAUCCCCAGAAACCAUUUUUGCCUUAAAAAACACAAUGCUUGUUUGCUGCUGUGCCACCUCCCUUCAAUUCAUUUUCAAGUUCGCUUCUUGGUCGGGGUUUUCAGUUUUCAACAUCCUUUUGUAUUUAUUUCAUCUUCCAAAACCAGAGCUUUCCCCUUUCUCACCUUGCCAACAUGUUUCACAACAACUAAUUCACGGAGCAGGGUAUUCUACUAUUGAUUCCAAACAAGAAGAGAUGAAGACGGCAACCACAGACUCUACAAGUAAAGGGAUCGAGGGUUCAUCUGUUAAUAUAAAGGUGCUGUUCUUUGCCAGGGCUCGUGACCUAACUGGCUUGAGUGAUACACAACUGGAGGUGUCGUCUGGUAGUACUGCACUUGAUUGUUUAGAUAAGCUCAUCACCAUGUUUCCAAACUUGUCAGAGAUCCGUGGGUGCAUGGUGCUUGCUCUUAAUGAGGCGUACACGGCUGAUUCUGCUGUCGUUAAAGACAAGGAUGAGUUGGCCAUAAUACCUCCAAUAAGUGGUGGCUAAAGGCAUCUCAUAUACCAAGAACUCUAAGGAUAUCCAUGUAUUCUAAACCUUGAAUAGUAAUAAAAAAUUGUUCAUAGCUUUCGUUGAGCUCAUAUGCAUGCAAGUAACUGCAAGUAUAUCCACGAAGCCGAAAAUCUUGGAUAUCAUUUUUGAUAGGUGAAACCCUUGCGUUAUUGUCGACAUUUGGUAGCCAAUAAAGGAGAGCAUAAGCAGAUUAUCUUAAGUUCUUGGAUGUAUGAUGUUUUGAUGUAUGUGUACAAAACAGUAGCACCAAAUAAAUUAUCUGCUCGCUUUCUACA